AUGCUCUCUGGGGAUGACCUGUCGGACUACGACGUGAUCUCGGACGGACACCGUUCCCUCGAGUCGAGCAUCGCAGACCUCAGUCACGUGGACGUUGAAGCCGCGGAUAUCCAUGAGCCCCCACCGCCACCGGCUGCACGAGAUCGCUUUGACACGGUAUCACUGAGUGCAGACGACAUACAGAAGUAUGUCCGUAAAGCGGUACCUUCCAUCCCGGGCCGCAGGUGGUCUGGAGACGGGACAGUGAGGGUAUAUGUCGAUGGGAUCUUCGAUCCGUUCCAAGCAAGAGAUGCACUACAGUUACGACAAGCGAAGCUGUCGUUACCCUGUGUGCAUCUCAUGGUCGGGGUGUUCGUGGAUGAGCUCUGCGAGUCCCACCAGAUACCGAUCAUAUGGCCGCACGUGGACAGAUGUGAGGUGCUCCGGCACUGCCGCUGGGUAGACGAGGUAGUGCCCGACGCGCCCUGGAUGCUUGAUGACAAGUUUCUGCGGGCGAAGCGGAUCGACUACGUCGCCAUUGAUGAGGGGUCAACCGUCAACCCCGCUUAUGAUGCCGAUCGGUUAAGGGGCUACGACCUUGUGAAGAGCCUCCGUAUGUACCGCUUGUAUCUCCGCCCAUUGCGCACUCUCAAGAGAUUCUCUUUAACAGGAAGGGCGAUCCCGAUCAAGAGAACGACGGUAUUGACUCCGAUUGAGCCCCGCGGCCUAUCCGUUUUCAUGGAGUCGGCCAACGGAACGCUUCGAGGGGCGAUACCUACCCGCGCAAGGCCCCGCUUCUCUGUCGACGAGCCGGACCCGGAUCCGUUCGAGGAGCCCAGGACGGAUGAAUUUGGAACAGGAUAUGGAAUAUAG